AUGGCCGAGGAGGACAAGACGACCUCGGCAUGGUAUAAGGUGCCGACCUGGGAUGGAAGCCCUACCACAUGGAGAUCCUUCCAAAGGGAAAUGAACUGGUGGCUGAGCUCCUUGGACCAGGAGGCCACCAAGAAGUUCAAUUUGGCGGCGCGCUGGCUGCUCAGGCAGAGCGGUGUGGUCCGCCAGAGGGGCGAGGAGUUUGCCCCGGAGGACUUGGUCUACCAGAAGGAAGUUAAGGCCAAGGACCCCGAUGGUGUAGAGAUAGUUGUGGUCAAGGAGGAUGCCUUUGCGGGGAUCAAUAAGCUUAUGAAGGCGUUGGAGGGCAUCAAUGGAAAGUCGGCUUUGGAUAGAAAAGGGGAGCUUCGGAACCAGUUCUACUUGACUUUGCGGCGAUCCCCGGGCGAGCGGCCGGCUGAUUUUCUCAGCCGCUUCCGGGUGCUCACGGCGGAGAUGCGCUCGGAGGGGAUUGACCUUCCGACCGGGGAGCUGGGAUGGUUCCUGAGGGAGAAGCUCGGGCUGGACCCCCUGAGGAAGCAGCUGCUGGAGACGGCCUUGCAAGGCCGAGAGAAGUUCGAGGAUGUGGAGGCGGAGGCCGCGGCUUUUCUGGUGGUGCCUCUUCUUCGGGCGGGGCGUCUUCUUGAGGAGCUCGGCCGCGAGCUCGUGGUCAGGAGGAGCUCCUUGCAGCCGCCGGACCUGGAUGCCGUUUUGGAGACGGAAGCGGAAGCUCUGGCUGCCGAGCUGGAGCAGGCGGAGAACGAAGGGGUGGACCCUGGCAUGCUGGAGCAGUUGGAAGGCUGCGUGGAGAGCGCGGCCGAGGCGCUCAUCACGAUGAGGGACGCGAAGUCCCGUCUGCAAGAGGCGUCUGUCAUGACUGCGGGCUGCCCGGGCAUUGGGCAGGAGAUGCUGGCUGCACGCGACCUGGGGGUGCAGCUUGUGGAAACAAUGGCGACGGAGACGGGGACCGAGACCGAGGAGCCUCGAUCUCACGAGACGGCGGUGGCUAGCACUUUGGAGCUCGCUUUGGAGAACACCUGCUCGAGAGAAGUGCUGGCCGGGGCCAUGUCGAGUGACAAAAGGAACGUGGGUGCGCUAGAUUCGGCUUGCAAUAGGACGGCACUUCGGGAAAGUCCUUGCUGGGAGGCCCUGCGGCAUCUCCUGGCGACCGAGACCGAGAACGAGACCUUCAAGUUCGGGAACGACGGGACGAAGGCCAGUCUGGAGCGGCACCGGCUUCCCAUUACCGUUGGUGACUCCGUUGUCUGUGUUUGGACCAGCGUUGUGGAGGUGCGGUCGCUCGGGCUUCUUCUUGGGAGAGACUUCCUGGAGGCCAUCGGCGGUGUGAUCAGCUUUACCCGGAGGGCCUUGCGAGCUGAUCAUUUAGAUUGUCGUCGCAUUCCUUUGCGCCAGCUGUCGGCAGGUCACUUCUACCUGGAGCUCCUCCCGAAGACCUUCGCCGAGGACCUUGGCCGACGAUGGACCAGACAAGGCGCCGACGGGGUUCUGGAAGUGCAGGUCAGUUGUGCUGAGUGGGCCCGCCGGAGAGUCGCAGCAGUGAAGCCGAGUGUGCACGAGCGUCAGCUGGAGAUUCAAUUCGUUGUGCCGGUGCCGCGCCCUAUGUUGCAAGGACCGGCCGAGGAGCGAGCAGUUCGGGUAUGCCACCGUCUGCGCCGUAUGUGCCUGCGGCUCCUCGAAAGAAACGUGUGGCACUUCGCUGGGCUACUGCUUUGGCUGCUGCAGCGGCCCUCUCUUCGCUAUGUGCCCCUUCCGUACAGCAACACGCGCUCCUUGGAGGAGUGGAAGGAGCAAGCGGAAGCCAUGGUGAAACAGGGCGCCUUGCCCAGGCGCCACUACAGGGCAGCGCUUAUGCAGCGGAAGUUCGACGAUGUGGGCCUGCUGAAGGACGCUGGGUACUUGAGGGACCGACUGGGCAUCAAGCUGGCCUUCUUGGAGGACUUCAAUGUUGCCGGGCAUGUUGGCAGCAAGGCCAAGGGCGAGGAGCUGACGGCGGCAAGGGCUUUGCUGGGUCCCAAGGGCGGCCUCCCGACGCUCAAGCAGGACCUUCUCAGGUUGGCGGUGCUCCUCCACGUCGAGGUGCAGACCAACGACACCGUCGACAAGCUGAAGGCCAAACUGAGGCCCAUGGUGGACACACUACGUGGGCUGCCACAGCCGGCCUCGCAGCCGACCGUUCAGGCCUCGACUUCAUCGAGAAUUCCCUUGGCGACCGCCCCGGCAACAACGGUUCCUCUACCAGGACCUUCGCCGGGUGCUCACGGAGAUUCGCCGGGGCGAGCUGGACAUCAAGAUCCACCGGAAAUGCGGACGGCCGGCCCGAUGGCGACGGACUCGGCCAAGGACGAGGCGCUACUUCAACAAAUGCAAGGGAUGAUCGAGGCCCAGGACCAGCGCAUGACCGCCAUGAUGGCACAGGCUAUGCAGCACAUGAUGGCCAUGGCGGGCCACCAACAGCCUGGGGAGACUCCCCUGUCGCCACCGGACAGCGACAUGGGCUUUCAGACUGUCGAAGACGCUUGGCGCAAAGGGCGCCGUGACCGGGCACAUGUGAAAGUUAGUGCUCAGGAGCUGUGGGACGCCUUGGCGGUGACGGUGGCUGAGGAUCAGGACCGGGCUCUGACCUCGCCUUUCGUGGCGCCUUCCCCGGAAUGGCCGCUUCCAGCUCGAAGCGGCGUUUGUGGUGAUGUGGUGGCGGCGGCACAGAACAAAGGCCAUGCCGUCAAGUUAAUCUUUCCUGACCGAGACCGCCCCUACUUCCGACUUCUCCGUGCAGUUGGGCCGUCUCCUUUGCUCAACCUCCGGCCGGCGACCAGACCCGCCGCUGAAAAGAAAACUUUGGAUGCCGAGGCGGAGGCUAUGCGGCAAGCUUUGGCACACCGGCGGUCUGGCCGGCACUUCUUCGUGGAGCUUUUUCGCGGCGCGGACCCUCGGCGCACACCGGAGGGCCAGGAGCUGCUGGAUGAGCCCGGCUUUCCGGACGGGGAACCACGACUUCCAGGGCCCGCCGUGCUGGAGGCGAUGGAGCAGCAGUUCGAGGCGGACCACCGCGCGGGGAAUGCGACUGAAAUGCUUGCGGCGGAGACGGACCUAGAGAGUGACUUUCCGGUGGGCCACGACGGGUCGGACUCGGAGGACGGAGCCGUGACGACCGAAGUGGAAAAGGACGUGCCGGUGUCGGCGGCCGUGAGACAGGCUGUGCGCCGGCUGCACGAGAACACGGGCCACAGGAGCCCCAAGAGACUGGCACGGGCGCUCGUGAUUGCAGGAGAAACGGCCACCAAAAACGCAGCGGCCUCCCUGCCUGCUCCUCGGGAGCCGGGCGACCAGAUCGCCCUUGACAUUUUCGACUCCUUCGACGCUGCCGGGGGCCGCUAUGGGAUCCUGCAUGCCGUUGAUGCGGUGACGCGCUUCCAGAUGGCUGUGCUAGUGGAACAUAAGUCGAGUGCUGAAGUGAUUCGGUUCCUGAAGGAGCGUUGGGCUCCAGUGUUCGGAACCCCCCGGACCAUCGUGAUGGACCAGGGCCGGGAGUUUGCCAGCCACGAGGUGGAGCACUAUGCCUCGGAGAACAACGUGUUCCUGCACUUUAUUGCGGUGCAGGCUCCCUGGCAGAACGGGCUGUGCGAGCGUGUCGGCGGAAUCUUGAAGACGGUGCUGGCAGCCGCUACGGCCUCGCAGUCGCUGAUGGGCGAAGAGGAAAUGAAGACCGGCUUGGCGGAAGCGCUGCUGGCCUACAACAUGGACGUCGGCGACAGCGGCUUCUCUCCGAUGCAGGCGGCAGUUGGGAGACAACCGUUGCCUCCAGGAGACGCCCUUGGCAACGGGCGGCUGGGAGAGAUCGAUGCUAUGGAUCAGCCGGGCUUUGUGAGAUUGGUGGCGGUCCGGGAGGCCGCUCGCAUGGCGAUGUUGCGCCUCCACUUUAGCAGUGCUCUCCGGAAGGCCGAAAAGGCGAGAUCGAGGAACCCUACGGUGGCUGAUGCUCCAUGUGUGGGCGACCUGGUCUACUUUUGGAGAGAGCAGCGAUACAACCGGAAGGCCAGCCAGCACCGAAAGAAAAUCGCACUGAAGCGCUGGCACGGACCGGCGCUGAUGAUCGCAAUCGAGGGCAAUAAUGCCUAUGUCACUUCCCGGGGGACGUUGACCAAGGUGGCCUUUGAGCAUGUGAGAAGGGAUGGAGCAAAUAGCGAGGUGGCGCGGAGAGUGCUGACGAUGGCGCUGGACUUUCAAGACAACCUUCAGUUCCAGAACCGAGCUGGUGAGAGCUUCUACCUCUGGGGUGUCGUUGCCGGGAUCGCGGCGGCCUUCUACCUUGCUGGGGAGCAAGGUGGUCCCGGAAGUGUGAAGCGGCCUGCCGAGGUGGAUGCCGAAGCUCUCCGGAACCUCUCUCAAGGAUCCGGGGUUCCCUUUGACGCGCUGGUGCUGGCGGUGAUGGCGGCAGCUGCGGCCAAGGAGGGAGAAGUACAUCCUCUCGUACGGCUACAAGCUCAGGCGGCGCUGGACCGCCAAAGCGGCGAGGAGACGGAGGCGAAGGACCAUGGAACUUGGGACGGCAGGUGGCCUUUACCGAGCCGUUCGGACUUCGAGGCCAUGACGAGGGCGGGGCUGAAAUGGCCCACCGGCCGCGAAGCCUUUGCAGUGCAAGCGGCCAGGAAAGAGUACCAUUGGCGGAGCAUGUCCCCCGAGCAGCGCAAGGUCCUGAGUGAGGAGGAGACCGCAAGGACGCUGGCCACGCUCCGACAAAGGGGCGAGAUGAACAAAGUGCUUACGCCGAGGUUCGUGUACACGGACAAGCACGACGGGAUUCGCACUUCCACGAACGACCUCCCCUUGAAGGCCUCAGCGAGACUUGUAGUGCCAGGGUAUAAAGAUACCACAGCGUUCGACCUCAGAAAGGACGCUCCAACGGCCAGCCGCACUUCACAGCACUUGUUGUUCUCUGUGGGCGCCAGCAAGCACCGUGAUGGCUGGCGCACCGGCUCCGCUGAUGUGAAAAGUGCCUUCUUGAAGGGUGAGAGAUACGUUGCUGGGACCCGGGAGCUAUAUCUCCAAAACAUGGAAUCCAAGGAAGGCAGCCCGGUGCUCCCCGUGGGUCGGCGCUCGAGCCGGAUAGUGAAAGGGGUCUUUGGCCUCAGUGACGCCCCUCGAGAGUGGUACUUGAGGCUCAAGAAGAGCCUGCUGCGGGAAAGGUGGACGCAAUCCACCAUGGAUGCGGCUCUGUUCUUUCUGUGGGGAAAGGGGCCGGAACCCAAGCUGGAGGGCAUCCUUUGCUGCCACGUGGACGACCUGCUCUUCACAGGAAGCAAGGAGGCCUGGGAGUCGAUUGGCCGCCUCGGAGACGAGCUCGGCUUCGGCUCUGUUGAGCGAGAUUCCUUUAUGUACUGCGGCAAGAAGGUCGAGCAGGACCCCGACACUGGUGUGAUUUCGGUCUCCAUGGUGGCCUACCACGAGAACCUCCAAGCCAUACGGAUGGCGGCUGGGAGGCGACGGGACCCAGAUGCUACUUUGCAUUCGGGUGAAGUGAAGCAGCUGAGGGCUCUGGUGGGCUCGUUGCAGUGGCUUGUGGCCCAGGUACGGGUCGACAUGGGCUUCCAGCUCUCCGUUCUGCAGAGCGAGACGGCGACCGUGGGCACCAUCUUGCGAGCCAACGCCCUUGUCAAGGAGUUCAAGGCCACACGUGACUUUGGCCUGAAGUUUCGACCCAUGAACCUGGAGGGGGAGGGCAUCGUGGUGGUCUCCGACGCCAGCCUUGGCAAUGUCACCAAGGAGGGCUCUGUGGGAGAGAAGCCCCUCGAGAGGGUUUACUCUCAAAGUUGCUACUGCGUGCUGCUCGCUGACAAGAACUUGUUGGCUGGCUCCUCGGGCAAGUUCACCUUGCUUGACUACAGAAGCCAUAGGCUUCAGAGGGUGUGUCGCUCAACCUUUGCGGCCGAGCUGUUGGGUGUCGAGGAAGGGUUCGACGUGGGCCAGUACUGCAGGGGCCACUGGGCUGAAGUGCUGGGGUACGACCUCUCCUUCAAGAACGCCGACAGGCUUUUGGACCUUGUCGGGUUGAUCGUGGUGACGGACGCCAAGGACACCUACGACAAGACCAACAGCGACACACCAUCGUAUGGGUCACAGAAGUCACUGGCAUUCACCAUUGCCUGGCUUCGUGGGAUGGUGGCCAAAGCCAACGAUAUGCCUCAGGACCACAUGAGGCAGACCUUGACCGACGGCGAGUGGAGCUACUGUUUCGACGAGAAGUAUGUGCGGCAAACGAUCAAGCCCAAGAAGCCCGCGCGAGAAGGACCGGAAGUUCUGAGCGGGACCGAGGUUUCCUCUGGGGAUCCGAUGAUCGGGUUCCUCCAGGGUUUGAGCACCCAACCGGGAUGGCACAAGAGAGACGACAUGGCCAUCCAAGUGGCCUUUCGUGCCAAGAGUUUUCGGCGGCCUGAGCCACGAUUUGAGGCAGCGAAAUAUCCGCUGCGGACGACGUUUGCCCUUUACCACGACCAAAGCGGUCGGGGCGUCUGGAGGCUUCUCGAGAAGGAAGCCCAAUACGGGCGUCAAUUGCGGGCAUUGGAUUGUGAAGCAGCUGUGCUCAUCACUCUGUUUCGGACCAACAAAGAGAAGAAGAUCGAUGUGAAAGCCUAG